UGUGUGGCUGUGCCGCGCACAAUGGUUAGUAAACGCUAGAAGCUAGAAAUCUAAUAGUUUUUUCUUCAAAAACUUUGUAUAAUUUUUUUGCUUGUAGGCCUAGUAAGGAAUUAAAUUUGUGAAUGGGAUAUUUGAUUAAGUAUUCUAUGUUCUGCAGUAGAUGUAUUCUUGUUUAGAAACUUCUCUUACCAUUGUUGUACUUGUGUUAAGUUACAGUCCUUUCGUUUAUUCAUUGGAGCUUAUUCUGAAAAGGUAUUAUUCGCCUAUAAUGGACAUCGUGCGUGUACUUGUACUUGGCACUAUUUUGAUCUCAGCGCUGGCUGAGCCUUAUCCAACCUCACUACAGAGACAACCUAUCGAAACUAACACUUCGGUUCGACAAAGUGAAAUGGACGCAAAUUCAACACCAGUACCCGGUCGGAGAGGAGUGGUCGAAACUAGCGUUGGGGGGAGAAGCCGCAGACAGAGGCGUAACGUCUUCCAGUUGUGCAGGGUGAUCCGGAAGUACACUAGCAACUCCUGCUUUGACUACAACAACUAUGGCUGCUUCUGUGGAUUGCGUAGCAGGGGCAGUCACCCAGUGGAUGAUGUAGACAGGUGUUGUCUGGAACACGACCACUGCUUCACUUCGCUGAGAUGUACACUUCUGAGUUUUACAACUUACUCUAUGAAGUGCUCAGGCUCAAAGUGUACAUGUACAAAUUCCAAGACCACGUCGUGCCGGUAUAGGUCAUGUCAAUGUGACAUCAAGUUUGGGGAAUGCCUCCAGGCGGCGCGCUACAAUAAAAGGCACAAGAAUUUUAACACUUUGAGAUGUCACUGAGAGAACGCACCAGUCCAGACUGACUUGAAACAAUUUCUUCAUUUGUUAAUAAAUACAAACUUUGUGCUGAAAGUGACUGGACUGCCCAUGUAUUAACACUUUCUUUAAAGA